UUUGCCCGCCGAAGCGCUUCGAUCAGCGGGGCAACUUUUCCGUGCGCCACGGCGCUAAGCUUCGCCGACCGGGAGGAGGGGGAGGAGGAGGAGGCGGAGGAGGAGGUUCACGCGUUCUCCCAAACAUGGGCUCCUAGUAAACAAAACAACAACAAAAAAUAAAAAGGAAAAAAAAAACCCAAAAGACACAAGUCCGGUUGUGGGGAGCUGGAGAGCCGGAAGACAAAACAACACUGAAUAACUAAAAUGCAGAAGAGCGUCCGCUACAACGAGGGACACGCGCUGUUCCUGUCCGCGGUGGCGCGUAGGGAGGGCACGCGGCGCGGCCUCCUCAGCAGGCGGUCCGCGGACAACAGCCGCUGGCACGACCGCUUCUUUGCGCUCUACCAGAACGUGCUCUUCUACUUCGAGAGCGAGCAGAGCGCGCGGCCCUCCGGCAUCUACCUGCUGGAGGGAUGCACCUGCGAGCGCGCGCCGGCGCCGAAAAUGUCCGCCGGGGGGAAGGAGGCGAUGGACAAACAGCACUACUUCCUCAUCGUGUUUGGUCAUGAUGGACAGAAGCCACUGGAGCUGCGUACAGAGGAGGAGAGCGAGUGUGAUGAAUGGGUGGAGGCCAUCCAACAGGCAAGCUACUCUGACAUCAUCAUAGAGCGUGAGGUGCUGAUGCAGAAAUACAUUCACCUGGUUCAGAUAGUGGAAACUGAGAAGGUGGCAGCCAAUCAGCUCCGCACCCAGCUGGAGGAUCAGGACACAGAAAUUGAGAGACUCAAAGCAGAGAUUAUAGCCCUGAACAAAACCAAGGAACGAAUGCGCCCUUACCAUGUGUACCAAGAAGAGGAAGAUCCAGACAUCAAAAAGAUCAAGAAGGUGCAGAGCUUCAUGCGGGGCUGGCUGUGUCGCAGGAAGUGGAAAAUCAUCGUUCAGGACUACAUCUGCUCCCCUCACGCUGAAAGCAUGAGAAAGAGGAACCAGAUCGUCUUCAACAUGUUGGAGGCUGAGACGGAGUAUGUCCACCAGCUGUAUAUCCUGGUCAACUGUUUCCUCAGACCUCUGAGGAUGGCAGCCAGUUCCAAGAAGCCUCCCAUCAGCCAUGAUGAUGUCAGCAGCAUUUUCCUUAACAGUGAGACCAUCAUGUUUCUACAUGAGAUUUUCCAUCAAGGUCUUAAGGCUCGGAUAGCAAACUGGCCAACUCUGGUGCUGGCUGACCUGUUUGACAUCCUGCUGCCCAUGCUGAACAUUUACCAGGAGUUUGUGCGCAACCACCAGUACAGCCUGCAGGUGUUGGCUAACUGUAAGCAGAACAGGGACUUCGACAAGCUCCUCAAACAAUAUGAGUCCAAUGCUGCCUGCGAGGGCAGGAUGCUGGAGACCUUCCUCACAUACCCUAUGUUCCAGAUUCCCCGCUACAUCAUCACUCUGCAUGAGUUACUGGCACACACUCCUCAUGAGCAUGUGGAGCGCAAAAGUCUUGAGUUUGCAAAAUCCAAACUAGAAGAACUGUCCAGGGUGAUGCACGAUGAGGUGAGUGACACGGAGAACAUCCGUAAGAACCUGGCCAUAGAGAGGAUGAUUGUGGAGGGCUGUGAUAUUCUCCUUGACACAAGCCAGACCUUCAUCAGACAGGGUUCGUUGAUCCAGCUGCCGUCGGUGGAGCGCGGGAAGCUGAGCAAGGUGCGCCUGGGCUCUCUCUCUCUGAAGAAGGAAGGAGAGCGGCAGUGCUUCCUCUUCACCAAACACUUCCUCAUAUGCACGCGCAGCUCUGGGGGGAAACUGCACCUGCUCAAGCAGGGUGGAGUGUUGUCCCUCAUCGACUGCACCCUUAUAGAAGAACCGGAUGGGAACGAUGAAGACUCCAAGGCCGGGGGACAGGUGUUUGGCCAGUUGGACUUCAAGCUGGUUGUAGAGCCAUCUGAUUGUCAGUCCUUCACCGUGGUGCUGCUGGCACCGUCGCGGCAGGAGAAGGCUGCAUGGACAAGUGAUAUUAGCCAGUGCAUAGACAAUAUCCGCUGUAAUGGAUUGAUGACCAGUGUAUUUGAGGAGAACUCCAAGGUUACCGUGCCUCAUAUGAUCAAAUCCGAUGUGCGUCUCCAUAAAGAUGAUGUUGACAUUUGCUUCAGCAAGACGCUCAACUCCUGCAAGGUCCCCCAGAUCCGCUAUGCCAGUGUGGAACGGCUGCUGGAGAGGCUGACCGACCUGCGCUUCCUCUCCAUUGACUUCCUGAACACCUUCCUCCAUACGUACAGGAUCUUCACCACUGCUACCGUGGUCAUGGACAAGCUGGCCGACAUCUACAAGAAGCCCUUCACCUCAAUUCCGAUCAGGUCCUUGGAGCUUUUCUUUGCCACCAAUCAGAAUAACAGAAGUGGGGAGCACAUCAACGACCGAUCUCCUCGUCUCUGCCGCAAGUUCUCCUCACCUCCUCCACUGUCGAUCCCCUCCCGCACCUCCUCCCCCGUUCGGACACGGAAGCUCUCGCUCCAUUCUCCUGUCACUUCCAGGGUGGGGGCCCUCGACCUGACAAGCCAGACGCCGACUCCAACCACCUCCUCCCCACCUCCAUCCUCCACCUCACCCCCGCCCAGCAUCUCCAAACUGUUACAGGACCAAGUCUCUCCCGUUCCCUCCUCCCCGGAACAGAGCCCCUCCCCAAUCGCAGAGGGAGAGGAGCUGCCCAGGACUGAUGCCUUCUGCGGAAAACUGAGACGCAGCAUCCGCAGAGCUGUUCUGGAGUCAGUGUCACUGGAGAAGAUCAUCCCAGAGUCUCCUCAGAAUAGUGACGCGGGAGACAUGUCCCCAUGUCGUUCCCCCUCUACGCCCCGACACCUCCGCUACAGACAGCCCGGAGCUCAGUCCGGGGAGAAUUCCCGCUGUUCUGUCUCCCCUGCCUCAGCCUUUGCUAUUGCUACGGCAGCAGCAGGACAUGGUGCACCACCAGUGUUUACUAACUCGGAGAGGACUUGUGACAAAGAGUUUAUCAUCCGUAGAGCUGCAACGAACAGAGUCCUCAACGUGCUGCGGCACUGGGUCUCCAAACACUCCCAGGACUUUGAGAUGAACGGAGAUCUGAAGAUUGGAGUAAUUUGUCUCCUGGAAGAGGUACUCAGAGAUCCAGACCUCCUGCCUCAGGAGAGGAAAGCCACUGCCAAUAUAUUAAGUGCCCUUUCUCAAGAUGAGCAGGAUGAUGCCCAGUUGAGGAUAGAGGACAUCUUACAGAUGGCGGAGUGCCCUAAGGUGGAGUGUUUUGAGUCUCUGUCAGCGAUGGAGCUAGCUGAGCAAAUCACUCUGCUGGACCACAUUGUCUUCAGAAGCAUUCCUUAUGAGGAAUUUCUGGGCCAAGGCUGGAUGAAAGUCGACAAGACAGAGAGGACCCCAUACAUCAUGAAAACUAGUCAACACUUCAAUGAUAUGAGUAACCUGGUGGCUUCUCAGAUCAUGACCCAUACAGACGUGGGCUCCAGGGCUAACUCAAUAGAGAAGUGGGUCGCUGUGGCCGACAUCUGCCGCUGUCUCAACAACUUCAAUGGGGUGUUGGAGAUCACCUCUGCGCUCAACCGCAGCGCUAUCUAUCGGCUAAAGAAGACCUGGGCCAAAGUCUGCAAACAGACAAAGGCCCUGAUGGACAAACUACAGAAGACCGUCUCUUCCGAGGGAAGGUUCAAAAACCUGAGGGAGACCCUUAAAAACUGCAACCCUCCAUGUGUGCCAUACCUGGGGAUGUACCUAACGGACCUGGCUUUCAUCGAGGAGGGAACGCCCAAUUUCACCGAGGAGGGUCUGGUCAACUUCUCCAAAAUGAGGAUGAUCUCACACAUCAUCAGAGAGAUCCGACAGUUCCAGCAGACGCCCUACAGGAUAGAGCAUCAAGUCAAGGUGACCCAGUACCUGCUGGAUAAGACCCUCAUCAUGGACGAAGACACCCUCUAUGACCUCUCUCUGAAGAUUGAGCCCCGGCUCCCAGCUUGA